CUCAUCCCCGGCCGAUGCCGUCGAGAGGAAUUCAUAUUUUGUCAUCCUUGUUAUCGAUGCACCGGGAGCAGUUCUGUCAAACAACAAGCGCGGAAUCGUCGUCGAGUUGUCGCGGCAGCGAAUCGAUCCCACCGCGUCGUCGUUCGACAUGGGAGACGGCAAGGAGGGCGAGCGUCAGCCGCUGCUGAAGAACGAAAAUGUCACGUACAGCUCGCACGGCAGCGAUGCGAUCGACGAGACGCAGUCCAACGUCAACACCGUCUCGCCGAUCGGCCCGGAUGAGUUACCGCCGCCCUAUCAGUCCGCGACCCAGGGAGGGAUGCCGAUGGUCACCUGCAGGGUCUGUCAGGCGAUGAUCGACAUUUCCGGCAAGAGGGAUCAGCACGUCGUCAAGUGUUGUCAGUGUAACGAGGCCACGCCCAUACGAAACGCCCCACCUGGGAAGAAGUACGUACGAUGUCCGUGUAAUUGUCUGCUGAUAUGCAAGAGCUCCUCGCAACGUAUCGCCUGUCCGAGGCCGAAUUGUAAACGUAUUAUCAAUCUGGCUCCGAGCCCCAUUACACCGCCGGUUCUAUCCAUGCCUGGCAUGUGCAGAGUAGGCUGCGCCCAUUGCCAUGAUACAUUCUUGUUUAACACGUUAAAUAAUGCUCUGGCACGAUGUCCACAUUGUCGUAAGAUAUCCUCAGUUGGUCCAGAUUUUGCUAGAGGACGAGGGAUUGUAUUCAUUAUUGUUGGAAUCAUAGUCUUAGUAAUUGCUAUAGCUGUAACGGUUGGGACCUACAAAUAUGUAAAGACAAGCGGUGGAAUUUAUGUCGCUUAUGUCGGUGCAUUUUUAUUGGCACUCUUGUGCUUGGGACGCAGCAUUUAUUAUUGUACAAUGAAGAUCAGUCUGAUAGAGGGUCCCAUGUAGUCUUAAAACACGACAAUGAGCAAUCCUCUUGGGAGAUGAAUGUCAUGUAAUCUGUUUAGAUGAAAUGUUUAUAGUAAUGUGACAUCUGAAAUUCGUUUUAAGACAAGAACGGAUAGAUAGAUAUAUAUAUACACACACACAUGGCCAUAUGUGGGUAUGCAGACCUGUAUUGUUUAUGAUAAUAAUGCAUGUAUACAUACAUUUUCUUAUAUAAUACGCAUACACAUAUGAACGUGAUCGAAAGAAAGCAGACGCAGUUUGCGAUGCCUUCUUCUUAUGAUGAGAUUGUAGGAAAUUUCUCUCGGAAGUCCUAUUUUAUGAAGAAUUGAUUCUCUGCACUUUUAUAUAUAUGCAAGCAUAGGAUCAAUUAACCAUGAGCUCCGAUUUUUAAUUUCAAUCUACUGACUAGAAUACACUCUAUACAUAUACACACACACACAUAUAUAUAUAUAUAAAUAUAUACAAGCUUUCUAUAAUACAUUAUGCAUAUUGAUUGCACAUAAGUAGAAUUAAAAGUGCAAAUGUGCUCAUAAUUAUUCCAAGCAUAAGUAUAUGGUAAAUUUUAACAUCUAUAAGUCUAUGCAAAUUGUUUUUAAUAUAAGUUUCUUCUCAUAUUAUUCUCUACACGAGUAUCUGUAUCGAAAAGAUAAAAAAAAAAAUCGCAUCAAUUGUUUCAAAUAUAUCUCUGGAUUUUUCAUAAUCUUGACACGUGUAUGAGAAAUUGUAUGAGACGCAAGUGUAUGAGUGUAUAUAUUAGUUGUA